AUGCACGACCUCCGGAGACGCUGGGACCUGGGCUCCCUCUGCCGGGCCCUGCUCACUCGGGGCCUGGCAGCGCUGGGCCACUCUCUGAAGCACGUGCUCGGUGCGAUCUUCUCCAAGAUUUUCGGCCCCCUCGCCAGCGUCGGGAAUAUGGAUGAGAAAUCCAACAAGCUGCUGCUGGCUUUGGUGAUGCUCUUCCUAUUUGCCGUGAUCGUCCUCCAAUACGUGUGCCCCGGCACAGAAUGCCAGCUCCUCCGCCUGCAGGCUUUCAGCUCCCCGAUGCCGGACCCGUACCGCUCAGAGGAUGAGAGUUCGGCCAGGUUCGUGCCCCGUUACAAUUUCAGCCGCAGCGAUCUCCUGCGCAAGGUAGACUUCGACAUCAAGGGCGAUGACCUGAUCGUGUUCCUGCACAUCCAGAAGACCGGAGGUACCACUUUUGGCCGCCACCUUGUGCGCAACAUCCAGCUGGAGCAGCCUUGCGAAUGCCGCGUGGGUCAGAAGAAAUGCACUUGCCACCGGCCGGGUAAGCGGGAGACCUGGCUCUUCUCCAGGUUCUCCACGGGCUGGAGCUGCGGGUUGCACGCCGACUGGACCGAGCUUACUAGCUGCGUGCCCGCCGUGGUGGAUGGCAAGCGCGACGCCAAGCUGAGACCGUCCAGGUGGAGGAUUUUUCAGAUUCUAGAUGCAACGAGUAAGGAUAGACGGGGUUCUCCAAACACUAAUCCAGAUGCCAACUCUCCAUCAUCUAAAAAGGCGCGGAACACAUCUAAGAGUGGGAAGAACUUCCACUAUAUCACCAUCCUCCGAGACCCAGUGUCCCGGUACUUGAGUGAGUGGAGGCAUGUCCAGAGAGGGGCCACAUGGAAAGCAUCACUGCAUGUCUGCGAUGGAAGGCCCCCAACCUCUGAAGAGCUGCCCAGCUGCUACACUGGUGAUGACUGGUCUGGCUGCCCACUGAAAGAGUUCAUGGACUGUCCCUAUAAUCUGGCCAACAACCGCCAGGUGCGCAUGCUCUCUGACCUGACCCUCGUAGGCUGCUACAACCUCUCUGUCAUGCCCGAAAAGCAAAGAAACAAGGUCCUCCUAGAAAGUGCCAAAUCGAAUCUGAAGCACAUGGCAUUCUUCGGCCUCACUGAGUUUCAGCGGAAGACCCAAUAUCUGUUUGAAAAAACCUUCAACAUGAACUUCAUUUCGCCGUUUACCCAAUAUAAUACCACUAGGGCCUCUAGUGUAGAAAUCAAUGAGGAAAUCCAAAAGCGGAUUGAGGGACUGAAUUUUCUGGAUAUGGAAUUGUACAGCUAUGCGAAAGAUCUCUUUCUGCAAAGGUAUCAGUUUAUGAGGCAGAAGGAUCAUCAGGAUGCUAGGCGGAAGCGUCAGGAACAGCGCAAAUUCCUGAAGGGAAGGUUCCUUCAGACCCAUUUCCAGAGCCAGGGUCAGGUCCAGAGCCAGAAUCCGAGUCAGAAUCAGAGUCAGAACCCAAAUGUGAGUGCAAAUCAGAACGUGACUCAGAAUCUGCUUCAGAAUCUGCUUCAGAAUCUGACUCAGAGUUCGAGUCAGAAUUCAAUCCAGAAAGAAAACCGGGAAAGCCCGAAGCAGAACCCAGGCCAAGAGCAGAGCGAUAGCAACACCAGCAAUGGCACCAAUGACUACAUAGGCAGUGUAGAGAAAUGGCGUUAAAUGGCUCCCAAAGGCUUUUGCGCACUCUUCCCAAAGCGCCAGAAAAAAUAUGGCAAAUCUGAAAAGAUGAGAGUGUCCAAACACAUCUUGCUUCCUUAAAUUUGGAAGCUAAAAAAAGUUAAGAUGUUGCCUUUACAGUUGCCUUUCAAUUAAAUGUUAUACUGUGCGUGGGUAGAACAAAUUUCAAUAUGUAAUUAAAUUGCCCCCCUUUUUUUUGGUUUGUUGGACUAUUUAUACAAUCCAAAAGCCAAACCAGACUCACCAGAAAUUUCUCUUUAGAUAUUGUAAGAAAUUCUUAAAUUCGUUAUAAAGACAAAAUGUGACCACUUAACUUACUGCUAAAAAAAAGGACUUUAAAUUAUUUAUGAUACACUGUUAAAACUCAGUCUUAGAAGCAUUUUUUUUCAGGGGUUAGCAUGAAUAUAAACAUACAAAGCCUAAAAUUAAACACACAACCUUUCGUUUUCUACAUUUUACCAAAAUAUACAAAAUGAAAAAUUUCUCUCCCAAACAUGGAUAGUUUUAUGUAAAAGUAUUGGCUUUUCAAGUAGAACAGGAUCA